AUGAACUCUUUUCGAUCAUAUGUGUGGGAUCCCGGUUUGAUUGUUUCGCAGAUUAUAUGUAUGCAAACAACAUUCUAUACCACCCAGUGUAUUCUCUUAGUAAUGCUCUCCGUUGGAGGCCAUUAUCCUUCGUUGGAACAAGUGUUCACGACAGAGGCUACACUUCGCGGAGCAGUCACUCAAUUACUUUCGGUUGCAAUAUGCUCUCUUAUUAUGAGUAAAGUUAUUGGACGCUCGAAACAGUGUUUGGAUUUUACAUGUACUUUACAUUUUUGGCACUUAAUCGUUGUUACUUUGUAUUAUAAAUCGAUUCCCACGCAUGUUUCCUGGUGGCUGCUACAGAUAUUGAGUAUUGUUUUAUGCACAGUACUGGGUGAAUAUUUUUGUUUGCAGCUUGAAUCUAGGGAUAUUUAUUUGUCAACCGAUUUAAGAUUCGAAAUGUAA